AUGCGUCCAACUUCUCCCUUCCAUCAAGUCAAUGAGCUCUCGCUUAUUUGCUCCCAAUCUUGGGGCCACGGUUCUCCUGAUCGUUUGGACCAAGAGCUAUCUUUAGGAGCUGACCCCAACAAUCAGCCAGAGAGAGCUCAUGAGUUACUCUCUUCUGUUGAGCCACUUUGGGAUGCUCGAGAUCCACCACCACAGUUUGAACUGUAUGGAGAGCAGUUUCAGCCUCCUCUUUACUGUGCUGCCAACACAUUCUCCAGCAAGCCAGUGUUCAAGAAUGAAAGACUGCGAAUGAUUCUUUCGCUUCUUCGGCAUGGAUCCAACCCUUUUCUUGAAUUUCCGCAAGCUCUACGCAGUCCCAGACAUUCCUCUGGAAGCAGAGCGUCGUUCCCUGGUGAGGACCCUACACGAACUCCAGUCGCAGACUACCCCCUUGAAGUCAGUAGUCUUGAGUCGUUGAAAGACUAUGAUCUUGACCAUCCGCACUUUUCGGAUGACGAGUGGGACGAUGAGAAACCAACGCCUGUUUGGGGGGCUCGGCAUCUUGUACAUGCCAUCAUCGAGGACGGGAUUUGGCUCAAGCCUUUGAUGGACUAUCCCGGCUUUCUGGAAUCUUUAGACCUUGAACAUCGUGAUCCCCAAGGACGUACACCCCUGCUCAGUGCGUGUCGAAGUGCAGCUGGAGCCGACAUACUUGCUGGGACCGCUUUGGUGGAUGUUGAUUGGAGAGUGGAAAAAGGAGAAGCAGGCCAGAAGUUCUUUCCAAGUUGGGAUCGGUUUUUGGGGCCGAGUGAGUCAGAUUUCUCGGAGCCAGGCUCGGAAUCUUUGAUUGAGGUAUUUCUCCGGCUUGGAGCGGACCCUCUCGCGGUAGACAAUCAAGGCAAAAACGCAUUGCAUCACCUCCUCGUCGAAGUCAGUAAUAAUCGAGAUGCGGAUUCACCUAUAGUUCGGCGUUCUUUACGCAUCUUUUCGUCGAGAUACCAGUCUUUGGUCGAGCAACCUGACCACGAUGGAACAUAUCCACUACAUGCAGCUCUUCGGCGGAUGCGCCUCCACCCCUUAGCCGAAAGCGAUGACCCCGUUGCCAAGGGAGAGCCUCUUGGGUGUGUCGAGGAUAUUAUAAGAGCUGGUGCUGAUCCUCGAGCCAAAGACAGAAAGGGAAACACCGCGCUGCAUUACUUAGCUGAUGACGAUUUGACUGCCGAAUGGUACGGGGCAGGAAAGCGACAACUGUUUCAUGACCUGUUAAAGAUAGCGUUUUGCGGUGAUAUAAAUAUGCGAAACAACGCCGGGAAGACUGUGGCAGAGCUCAUAUUGGACGAUAAUGGCCAUAUGGGCGAAGAUAAGUAA